AGUGGGUCAAAUUACAGUUUAAUGUGGCGGCGGAAGAAUAAAGAAUAAAGAAUAAUAAAACCUUACAAAUUCAAUAGGUCCUUAUGUCCCAUUGCAUAAGGACUCCCUUUGGGAGUCCUUAUACAAUGGGCCAUGCGGGCCCUAAUAAAGAGACCACAUAUGAAAUACACCAAAUUAAACUAACGGGUGUCCAAAGGCCAUUUAUGUGGUAAAUGACAACUCCUGGUGAUCAGACACUAGGAUGAAUCAACAUUGUUGUCUGGUUGGAAUUAGGGAACAAAGUGUGCAGAUGUCACCAUUGUUCCUCCUUGAGAGGCUGACGGAGGCACAAUCUGAUGACCUUUGGCCCCGACUGACUCACAGGGACCGUCAUCGGAACUUUGACCCAGCAGAAUAGCGAUGAGAAGGAACAUCCAAUCUGCCGCGGUGAUACCGCAUGUGCCUGAACGGGGUCGCUACACGACAUCGAUGAAGAUAGCGGAGUUACAGCGAGGCAGCAGGCACCUGGACUUUGGGAUCAUUAGCGAGCGCUUUGCUAUAAAAGCCGCGGGAGAACAUCGGCUGAGCAGAAGCACUGCAGAGUUCACUCUCAGAGAAUCUCACAGAUCCAUCAACCAUGAAGGUCCUUGCCGUCUUAGUUCUGGCCGUUUUCACUGGCUGCAAUGCCAACGUCUUCUACGCUGAUGCCCCCAAGCCUCAGUUGGAGGUCCUGACCGACGCCUUCUGGGAGUACGUGGCCAAGGCCACCCAGACCGCUGACGACACCCUCCAGAUGAUCAAGAAGUCUGAGUUCGGACAGGAAAUGAGCGCACGUCUGGCCCAAGGCAGCGACGUAGCCAACCAGUACGCCGUCACCCUGCACGAGCAGCUCCCCCCCGCCGCUAAGGAGAUGAUCAUCACCGUGAGUGCCGAGGCUGACGCCCUGAAACAACAGGUGACCGUGGAGCUGAACUCAAUCCGCGAGAAGCUGGAGCCCUACACCGAGAACAUGAGAGUCCAGGUCCAGCAGAGGGUGGAUCAGCUCCAGGCCGAAAUCAACCAACUGCUCGCCAUGGAUCCCGAGACCCUGAAGACCGAGCUGGUUAGAAGAACCGAGGAGCUGAAGGCCAACCUGGAGCAGAGCGUUGCUGAUCUGCAGGCUCAGCUCGGUCCCCACACCGAUGACCUGAAGCAGAGGGUGGACCAGCACCUGCUCACCUUCAAGGAGCGCGUGAGCCCCCUGGCCGAAAAGGUCCAAAUGGAGCUGACCCAGAGAGCCCAGCAGGUGAGAGACCUCGCCACUCCUUACGUUGGUGAGCUGAGGGAAACCCUGGACCCCUUCGCCCAGGACCUCCAGGACCGUCUGAUCGCCCUUUACCAGUCCUUCGUCACAACCAACUAAGUCAACCUCUGGCUACAAACUGAAACAUGAGCAUGCAACUCUCAUGGUUUGUCAACAGGAGGCGACACUCGCUCCUCAUGCUCAUGGAAAUGUUUACAGUAGUACUCAGUGUUGGUCUGUGACCAAGCAGUCUUCCAU